UGAACCAUAACGCGACGUCUUGAUUGGACGUUCAAACAACGGACACUCAACGUCUCAAUGUUUGCUGGGAUUUCUUUUCUAUCCAGUACAGCUCUGUGCUCUGUAUCCUCUGCAGUCUGCUUCAGCAAAGUGUAGGCAUCACUUCUCGUCCUUCCUUUGGUGCCCAUUCCGGCGUCAUGUGAAAAGGGUUCAUAGUGUUUCUCUCGCCCUAGACCGGGACCUCCUCCGUCUAGCUCAUUCGUCAGUGUCGAGACGUCUACUCGCCCCGGUUGUCCCGGUGGGGUAGUGCCCCUGUCCCCGGUUCAUCCCGCAUCCUUCGGCGUGCGGCGGAGCGGAGGAUGAGCGAGCAAGGGAAGGGCUCGGCACCCGCCUCUGCCGCGGCCGCGGCCCCAGGGUCGGAUACUUACAAAGGCUGGCUUUUUAAAUGGACCAACUAUUUGAAAGGGUACCAGCGGCGAUGGUUUGUCCUCAGCAAUGGCCUGCUCUCAUAUUACAGAUCGGUGGAUUUGUGUUUUAUGAGGAUAUGUGCACAGGGGACUGACAGGACGCAGGCAGAGAUGGCCCAUACGUGCCGUGGAACAAUCAACUUGGCCACAGCACACAUCGACACAGAGGACGCCUGCAAUAUUGUCCUGAGCAGUGGUGGCCGCACUUACCACCUGAAGGCUAGCACAGAAGUGGAGCGGCAGAGAUGGGUGACAGCACUGGAGUUGGCCAAAGCUAAAGCCAUCCGCAUGAUGAACGAUCAGUCUGAUGACUCGGGGGACGAGGAGCCUACAUCCCAGUCGGACCGCAGCGAGAUUCAGGGCACCCUGAAGAUACUCGUCAGCAAGCUUGAUGACCUCAGCACAUGUAAUGACCUGAUCGCCAAGCACGGGGCAGCCCUGCAGCGUUCCCUGAGUGAGCUCGAGGGUCUGAAAGUCCCUGUGGAAGGAGGGGAGAAGAUCAAGGCAGUCAAUGAGCGAGCCACCCUCUUCCGCAUCACUUCCAAUGCUAUGAUCAAUGCGUGUCGAGACUUCUUGGACCUAGCAGAGACUCACAGCAGGAGAUGGCAGAGGGCGCUGCAGUAUGAGCGAGAGCAGCGUAUCCACCUAGAGGAGACCAUUGAGCAGCUAGCCAAGCAGCAUAACAGCCUGGAGCGAGCGUGGCGAGAAGCACCCACGCUUGUUUCCACCACACCCAGUGCCCCUACUGCCAACAAGGGAGGGAGUGAGAGGCUGCACAAAGAAGAGGCGAGUGAUGAAGAUGAGAAUACUGAGUACUUUGAUGCCAUGGAGGAUUCCCCUGAAUUUAUCACAGUGACUGCCACUGAGAACACACAGCACAGGCGAUCUCAGAGUAAUUUGAGCGGAGCGAGCGGAAGUCAGCCCAAUCACUGGAACCAGGACGAUCAUAUGUCUCCAAGCUGUAAUGAUGUGUUAGGGAAGGAGCUGCAGCCCCGCAGACAGAGACGGACUCAUGUCCCAGACAAGCCCAACUACUCCCUCAAUUUGUGGAGCAUCAUGAAGAACUGCAUUGGCAAGGAGCUCUCCAAAAUCCCCAUGCCUGUUAACUUCAACGAGCCUCUGUCGAUGCUACAGCGCCUCACAGAAGACCUGGAGUAUCAUGAGCUUCUGGACAAGGCAGCACGUUGCGACUCCUCCCUGGAGCAGAUGUGCCUGGUCGCUGCCUUCUCCGUCUCGUCCUAUUCCACCACGGUCCACCGAACAGCCAAGCCCUUCAACCCCCUCCUGGGCGAGACCUACGAGCUCGAUCGACAAGAGGAGUUUGGCUACCGCUCGCUGUGUGAGCAGGUGAGCCAUCACCCCCCUGCAGCUGCACAUCAUGUGAUUUCCCAACGAGGCUGGACCCUGUGGCAGGAAAUCACCAUCGCCAGCAAGUUCCGUGGCAAAUACCUCUCCAUAAUGCCUCUGGGUGCUAUUCACCUACAGUUCCACUCCAGUGGGAACCACUAUGUGUGGAGAAAGGUCACCUCCACAGUGCACAACAUCAUUGUGGGCAAGCUGUGGAUUGACCAGUCAGGGGACAUUGAGAUUGUGAAUCACAGGACAAAGGAGACCUGUCAACUCAAAUUCUCUCCCUACAGUUAUUUCUCCAGGGAUGUUCCACGGAAGGUGACAGGUAUGGUGGCAGACAGUGAAGGCCAGGCUCACUACAUUCUCUCUGGUACGUGGGAUGAUAAAAUUGAGAGUGCCAAGAUCAUUCAGAGCAGCCGAGGGGGCAGUGGAUCAGAGGGCAAGCAGAAGACGGUCUAUCAGACGUUGUCCCCCAAACUGCUGUGGAAGAAAUACCCUCUCCCGGAGAACGCUGAAAACAUGUACUAUUUCUCAGCGCUGGCACUAACCCUGAACGAGCCGGAGGAAGGAGUGGGACUGACCGACAGCCGUCUGAGACCAGACCAGAAGCUGAUGGAGGAAGGGCGAUGGGAUGAGGCAAACUCAGAAAAACAGAGGCUAGAGGAGAAACAAAGAGCCGUGAGGAGGAGGAGGGAAGCGGAAGCCUCAGACGCUGUGGAUGAAGAGUGUGAUUAUGACUCUGGUAAAGAAUACGAAGGCUACCAGCCGUUGUGGUUUCACCAGAGGAGAGAUUCAGUUACUGGAGAGACAAACUUUGUGUACAACGGAGGUUACUGGGAGGCGAAGGAGAGACAGGACUGGAGCAUGUGUCCUAACAUCUUCUAACCCAGGAACUCUGCCAGGAUCACUCCUAACCUCAUCGGACAGGGAACUGCUCUGCCUCUGGUCCUUCAGCAAUGGGGCUUAUCUGGCUUAUGAGCACCAUGUGGACCUUUUAUUGAGCAUGAGAAUGUGUAUGUUUCACACACUCUCGGAUUACCUCCAAAUGUACACUCUCACUCUGUUUUUACUAUCGAGAAAAAGAAGGGGCGUUCCCUGAGUCUUUGACACUAUACUGAAACAGCACUGAGAUCAUGUGUGGAUGUGAGGUGGUGUUGGAGUUGUAACACCACACAAUAAAGGCACCUGCACACUCCUGAAAUCAGGUGCUUGAUAAAUCUAA